GGACGCUGAUGAGGUCUGGCAGCAUGCGCACUGGGGAUUACCUCUGCCUGUCGCUAAGCGGGGAGGCGCCCUGGGGUUUCAGCCUGCAGAAAAGUGACAGCGAGCACCCCCAGCCUCUGAAGGUCACACAGGUGGAGGAAGGUUACCCAGCUGCCCUGGGGGGUCUCUGCGUGGGUGAUGAGUUGGUGUCACUAAACGACCAGCCCUGUGCAGACCUCACCCUGCCCGAGAUCACGGCCCUUGCGGAUGGCUCGACCGGUGGUCUACGGCUGCUCGUCAAAAGGUGUGCAGCCAGUGGCCAGCCUGCCCCAGACCCAAAACCGGAUUAUUUCGGUGAGAGGGACACUGGUACGAAAGGCCUGGAGAGCACCACCUUGGAGAUCUGGCCUGCCCGACACCAGCAUCCCCCUAGGGAGCUGUACAUAUGCGAGUCCCAGGAUGAGGCCUACUAUGGGGAGGCAGAGAGUGAUGCAGAGACCCCUGGCCAGGCUUCCUGGGAGCGUGUCCAUCAGCUGGAGCCUUUCACCCCAGGGUCCGUCGUGGAGCUGCAGCUUUCGCUCUCAGACCAUAGCUUGGACAUGGGGGGCACCCUCUCCCCCCUGUCACGGCAAAGCAGCUCACUAGCUGAGGUCGUUCACACUUCCUCCACCAGCCAGACCAUACGUGUACCUGGCUCCGACCCCGGGUCCGGCGCCCUAGGCCAGGUGGAGGUGACCCUGCAGUGGCCUCACAAGGGCUCCCAAGGGGAGGAGACAGUCAGCGAAGGCUCAGAACCUGAGAGCAGUGGGAGGGCAGAGGAGGACGGAGGAGUCCAAGAAGCACCUCCUACCACUGAGCCCCUCGGAAGCUCCUCAGAGGAGUUUAACUCGGAGGCGGAGAAGGACGGCGGCAAACCUAACAAGCACCGGGCCCGACACGCCAGGUUCAGGCGCAGUGAGAGCCAGUCAGAGAAGCAGGUGAAAGAGGCCAAGUCUAAAUGUAGGCGCAUUGCCUUGUUGCUGACAGCAGCACCCAGCUCCAACAACAAAGGGGUGUUGAUGUUCAAAAAGCACAGGCAAAGAGCCAAGAAAUUCACACUAGUCAGCUACGGGACCGGGGAGGACGCAUCAGAAGAUACAGACGAAGACGAGGACCAGGAAGGCAAGGAACACACUGUCGAAUUCAACUUCUUUGCCACCAGUGAGUCAGAGCUUGAUGAGGAGUUGUUCACCGAAACACAAGGUUGUGGCCGCAUUGUGACCUUCGACUGGGACACAGGACUAUUGGACAUUGAGAAGAAGUUAGAGAACCCGCAGGAGAUGGACCGUCUGCCUGAAACUAAAGGCAAAGGAGCUGUCAUGUUUGCUCAGCGCCGACAACGGAUGGACGAGAUCACAGCUGAGCAUGAGGAAAUGAGGCGGAAAGGCAUACCAGUGGAAGGGGUCCAGGCAGUACAAAAUGUCAACGUUGUCAAGCUAGGACCAUAUCAGACAGAGGAGCAGUCGUAUAUGCAGUCAGUAGAGAGCCAGGUCUACAUGGAUGUGAAUCUGCAGCAGCAUCACCAACCACAGCAACAGCAAUAUCAGCAGCCACACUACGAACAACCACAGCAAUACCAGGAUCAGCAACAGUACCAACACCAACAGCACUACCACGAUCAGCAACAACACCAACACCAACAGCACUACCAAGAUCUGCAACAAUACCAACAACAACAGUACUCACAGCAGCAACAAUAUCAGCAGCAGCAGCAAUACCAGCAGAUUCAACAAUAUUCCCAAAACAUGAAUGGCAUGGCAGUCCACCAAGCUACUGACGUGCAGAAAUCUACCAUCAUUACUAAUAAGACUGCAAAGCCCUUCUCUGGAGUGGCGAACAAAGCUGCCACCCCCUUUUUACCUUCUAGUAGUGCAACUAGCCAACAGCAAACAAUAUACUCAGAAAAUCAGUACAGCACAGUCCAAACCCAAGGUUGGUCAUCGGUGGGAUCCGGUGAACAGAUAGCGUCACGCGAUGAGCGGAUUGCCGUACCGGCGAUAAAGACUGGCAUCCUACAAGACUGUAGGAAGAAGGACACCUUAAAACCAAUGUUUACUUUUAAAGAAGCCCCCAAGAUGUCACCAAAUCCGGUGCUUCUGAAUCUUUUAAACAAGAAUGAAAGGAAGGCUGGAUUUGAGUCAUGCCCUGAGGAGGACUACCUCAGCCUUGGUGCUGAGGCCUGUAACUUCUUGCAAGGCCCAAGAGUUAAGCAAAAGGUCCCUCCCCCAGUAGCUCCGAAGCCUACCAUCAAUCCGGCCUCACCACCAUGGUCCCCACCACCUGCAUCUGGUGACCAGGUGCCAUCUCAUUUAACAGAAAAUGAAGUUACCACCCCAGCUUCUGCCACGGCUGCGGUCUCAUUGUUAUCUCCUGGUUCAGCCCCUGUGCCUGUUGCCGCCCCUGCCCCAAUGCCAGAAGUUCCCUUAUCCUCACAACCUCAUGUUGCUGUGAAUGCAUGGAGUCCACUGGAAUCUCAGCGACAGCCAGAGCAGUCAGAUGUUCCCCACAACAAAGAACAGCCCCAUCAACCAGAGAGUGCAUUAGCUUCAAGCUUCGGGGCACAAUCACAGCCUGAACCACAACCACCUUUGAGUACUUGGAGUCCAGCUCAAACACAGUCUCAAGUACCUGUGAGUACAUGGGCACCAGCUCCAACCCAGGUAGAGCCACAGCCACCUGUGAGCUCCUGGACCCCUGCUCAAACCCAGGCACAGCAACCCGUGAAGGCAUGGACUCCAGCACAAACCCAUACACAGGCACAACCUCAGCCACCUGUUAGUGCGUGGACCCCAGCCCACGCGCAAGCACCGCAACAGCCACCCAGGUCCUCACCUGUACAAUUGCACACACAACAGAAGCCACAGACCCAUAUUAGUUCUUGGCUGGGAGUUCAGCAACAGCCAAACCUACAGUCAGCAGAUAGUGCUUGGACUCAAGACCCAGCUCAAGCACAGGCACAGCUAUCUUGGGCCUCACCUGGACAACCACAGCUACAAGAACAAUCAAAAUCACAGUCUUACGUUAGUUCUUGGCCUCCGGCUCAAACCCAGGCACAAACACAGCCAUCUUGGUCAUUUGUAGCACAACCUCAAUCCCAGGCACAAACACAGCCACAGUCUCUUGUUAGUUCCUGGCCUCCCCCUCCAACUUCACCUCCCUGGCCUUCACCUCCUCAACCUCAGGCACAGCAACAGCCGUCCAUGAGCACUUGGGCACCAGAGCCACCACAGACCCACCCUGAACCACCCAUGAAUGCCUGGGCUCCAUCCCAGAGCCAGCUGCAGCCUUCUUGGACUUCACUGCCUCAAACCCAGGCACCACCACAGACACCUGUAAGCACUUUGACAUCUCCCCAUAGCCAUGGACAGCCACAACCGCCGGUGAGUGCUUGGGGCCCCGCUCAGGCCCAGGGCCCCCCACAACCUCCAUGGGCUUCACAGCCAUCCACGAAUUCUUGGGGCCCACAACCUCCGGCCCCCGUGAGUUCCGUGGCUAUGAACCAGGGCCCGUCUGCUUCUCAUCAGCCUGUGAAAUCAUGGAACCAGCCGCAGAGCGGAACCAGUUCAUUGGGUCACCCUCCUCCACGGAGAACGAAUUCCUACACUCCCUCCACCCCUCCCGGAAUUGCCUCCAUAGCAGGAGGGAUUGGCUCAGCUUUUGAAAUGCCAGCUCUGCGGGGAAAAGGAGCAGAGCUCUUCGCAAAGAGGCAGUCACGCAUGGAGAAGUUUGUCGUGGAUUCUUCUACCGUGCAGACAAACAAGGAACCUGGCAAGAGUUACUCUCUGUCUCUACCCAGAAAGCUUCACUCCUCGUCCCUCAGGUCAGAACGCGCGCUCUCUGGCUCGCAGCCCCCGGAGAUUAAAGUCCCAUGGUGGGGGAAAGGACAGAAGCCGCCCACGCCCUGGGAAGCGGCGUCCAGGCACCCGCUGGGACUGGUCGACGAGGCCUUCUCCUUCCAGAGCUUCCAGAAAGACCUGGCCUCCGGCAUCUGCUCCGCCGCUCACCGCAAGUCGUUGCCAGAGCCGCCGGCGGAAUGGAAGGCCAGGGUGUCCUACGAACCUCGCCGGGGAGGCGGCGAGGGGGCGGGAGGCUGCCGGUUCUCGCCCACAUGCGUCGCCUCGCCGACCAGGAGUGUCGCAUCAGCCCCAGCUGCUCCCGUUCCCUACGUGUCUCCCUGGAGAUGGCAGACUCAGAGGUCCUCUACCGAGUCUGAGAUCAAUCAUACAGUUCCUAGUCCCGGGCACAGGGGAGGCAUCAGCCAGCCAGGCUACACAUCCACAUACACCAUGCCCUGGAGACGCUAACCCAGCAGGCACUAUCUGCGAGGCCGACAUACAAUACCGAUGGUAUGACACGCGGAAAAGAAACUUCUCACGGGUCAAAUGAGGUCACGCAUGUUUCCGAGCUCCACAGGAGCACCUGAGGCUGUUAAAUCGCAUGUGUUUAACAAGAGAAUGAGGGAUGAUGCUACAGACGAAGACGGCAGAUACAAGAGGUUUUGAAAUGGAUAGAAAUGUCAUUUAAGGACAUUAUGCACAAUGAUCUCUGCAUACGGAUUGCAGUAACAGAAAAAAUAUAGGAUAGUUCAAAAUCAGAUCUAAUCUCCCAUUGAUCAGAUAAGGGCAUGAGAGGUUUUGGUUGGCGCCUGAUUGGAUUCCAAAAAAAUAUGAAUAAUUUUGUAAUUAUUAAGAAAUUUGCUUUUCUCACCAAAUGAGGCAACUAUAGUACAGGAGAAAAGCGUUCGCUGCCAGCAGGGGCAUCAGAGGGGCAAUGGAGACCCAGGAUUUACAUGGGUCCCAAAAUCAACCCCCCCAAGCCUGACAACAUGUACCAGACAAAAAGUACUAGGGGGAAAUAUUUUUGCCAUGGGGAUGAGAGCUUCUAUCACACUUUUUCAAGCUCGUACUUCCCAGCAACUUAAUAAGCUCAAGUCAAACUCAGUUCUGCUUAUAUAAAAUAAUAUGCUUGAGGCAUCAGCACUAGUGGCGUAGACAGUAAUUGACUGUUCCAGUAAAUAACAAAGACAGAUCAUGACACAGCAACAACAGUAGCCUCAUGUUAACCUACUGUGACCUCUGUCCUUAUUUGAAGAAUGGAAGAUUGACAAGACAAGAUUGUUCAUCUUCACUAACAAUGAUUUGCAGACAAGAAGUCAGAAAAAAUCUUUGGUUUUUAUAACCUAGAAGAGUUUAUCAAGAAAAAUGUGAGUGUAAGACGUAAAGAUUGAACCCAUCUCACUACAUAAGAAUAAUAGAUAGAUCUGGCCACUUAAAAAGAUUGCCAGCAAGUGUGUUUUUUUGCGUAUGUAUUCUUGAGUGUGUUUUUUAAUCAAAAGAAGAAGAGUCUCAGAUUAAGUCAGUACUGAAAACCAGCUCUGAACGAGACUGAUUCUGGUGAUUUUAUGGUGGAUGCGGUUGGCAAAGCGAAGGUCACAGGCUUACGAAUUAAGCGAUUAAGAAUGGAUAUUUAAAACAUGAACUAAACAGAUAUUAACGAGAAAGUUAAAAUCAUCAGAAAGGAACCGUCUUAGAUUUCCACGAAGUGGGUUCUACGUCUUCAGAUGUCAAAUUACAUCUAAAGACAAAAAGUGGCUUUCGAGAAGUAAAGUUUUGCUCUCAUUUAAUAUGAUUACGCACUCCCGUGGUCUCCAACAUGUAAUGAGGUGUCAUGGUAGUUUAAGUGCCCUUAAAAGUGUAGUAUGUAUCGUGGACUCGACUGGGAAAUGUGGGAAAUAUGCAAGGGGCCAGGUGAUUGUAUGGGUUAGUGCUGGCCAACCCAGUAGGUGACAUAGGUGGCUGCCUAGGGUUUCAUUUAGUGAGGGCGUGUGGACUUAGCGAGCCAGUUUCACCGGGGGCUCUGGCAGUGAAGCUUGCCACGUGACUGAGAGUGGGAUGGAAGUGGUGUUAUCUCAGGAGGAGCUGGACGAGCAGUUCUCUCGGAGGUUAGUCAGUCUUUGUGCUGACUGAUAAGACAGCGAGCGUUGGCGGAAUUGCAAAAUGACCAUAUACUUCAAAUUACUUCAGUUAGUAUUUUUUUUAGCAUUUGCCACAGCGAUCGUUGCAUUUAACUACGGGGGAGGUUUUAAAGUCUUGCAAGUGCAGCAAAAAAGGACGUUACUAUCCCCAGUAGGGUAUUUUUCACAGCCCACUGCCCAUCAUAGAAUGUUCUUAUACAUACAGUUUUCUGUAAAAUCAGAACUUUAACUUUUAGUGUUUUAUUUAACGCAUAUUCCAAGGGGAAUUUCUAAGGCAGUCCAGUGGCCAUUAUAUUAGAUAUACAGAGCUUUAUGUUAAAUAUCGCUAGAAACUAGAGUUAAUUUCCUCCGCCGUUCGUAACACAAUGAUUAUAGUAAUUGUUAGUAAGUAAUUUACAUACAAUUGUAUAAUGUAAUUCGUCAAUAACGCUCCUGGUACGUUUUGUAUAGCAAGCUAAUAUGGAAAUGUGGACGACAAUGCAAUUAGUAAGAUGUAAAUCCCUGAACAGUCGGUAUUCAGUUCAUUAGGUUAAGUGCAUAUAAAAUCAUAAACUAACAUCUAACCUAAUUAUUCACAGCACAUAAUCUCUGGUGUACAAACCUGAGGCGACGUAAACCUCUCUAAAGGUAAUACUUUGCAUUAUUAUGACCUCUUCCAUAUAAUUUUAACACCUGGUGAAAUGAACCUUGUUUAUGUAACGAAAUAAGCAUGUUUUUAUUGCAUUGCUGGAACAAUGACAGGAAAACGUUAUAUAUGAAAUCAGCUUGUUCUCAAUAAAAAGGCAAGCUUUAUUGUAAUUCCAGGCCGUUAAAAUGUUUGCUUUUAUUGUCAUUGUUGAUUGAUGUGCCACGAUGCUUUCGGUGAUGUAUUUAUAUUCUCUUUCCUAAAACCCAUGCUGGACACAUUGUAUCGUUUCUGUAUUGAUAACUGUUGUGUAUCUUCACAUUAACUUUCAUACCUUGCGUGUUCUUUUGAGCUCUGUGUAAGAAAACGUUUAUGAAAUGAAUUGCUUUUCAGCCGAAUGGUGAACGCAUUCCUGCCAAGUUUUUCUCUUUUGUGCAUUUAUCUUCUCAUAUUAAAGCAGCCCUUGUUAGUUUUAAUGCUUUCCUGGAGUUAAGUAUUUGAAGGUAUUACAGGAGUCUAUUAAUUUUAAUACGGCUUUGACCGCUAACUAACUCAAUAUGGAUUUAAUGAUUUUUUAAAGGUUCGCUUUUAUUAUCAUAUUAUUUAAUGAAUUAAAGUGCUCAAAUGCCUUUGACGGGGGGAUUCAGUAUUUAAAUAUAUUACAUCAUUGUUUUUUACCUGCAGUCUGCCGUUUUCCAGCUUGUUUUAACACGCCAUACUAUUUCUCCGGUCCAUGCAACUUUAGCAUUUAAAUCUGCAGCCUAACCUUGGCUGAACUGUACCUAAUGCUGGUAGGGAGACCGUGACCUUUCGAGUCCGUAUAUGAAAGCGAAUAUAUUUACCCAAUCGGUAUAUUUUGUGCAAAAUGUAGUUGCGGUCUUUCCUGGUUUGCAUUCUGGUAUGUCUUAGUCAUAACGAAGAAAGAGAUUUUUUUUUUAAUUGUUUGUACAAUUUGGUUGCACCCCUGUUAUUAAACAACCCGCUUGCAGAAAAAUACAAUUCAGUUCGCUCACUUUUGCAUAGCGUGCUGUUUAAAAAACGUGUUAAACGUGUGCUUUGUUAAAUGCACUUAACUCUUUCCUGGGUCAUACCUGCAAUCACCGGUGUAUACUGUAAGUAGUAUUGCCAAACUUUAUAAGCACAGUAUAAAAAACAGCAAGUGUUCAUUGUGCGUGUACUUAAUUUUGUUCAUUGUUAAAUGUGUGUUUCAGUGGUUGUGUGUUACGGUACAUAUUUGCCUCUAUGUUUAGAAGCAAAAGAUAACGUGGGCCUAAUUAUUUCUGUGAGCACCAUAAAAGAAACCACAGAACAAUUGCGUCAUUAAUUCCUAAUUGCAUCUAUCUGGGUUGUGAAAAAUCAUAACAUUUUUUUCAACCAAUAAUUCCAGUUUUAAUAUUCCGAGACAGGCUCUACCAUAACUUCUCAAAUGAUCAUCCCCAUAUUUUCUCGAAUGUUUUUCAUUGUAACCCGGAUUUCAAGUACCAAAAAGUGAAGUCAUUUGUAAGGUAAGAACAAUAAUUAUUUCAUAUUACGGUGCAUACUUGCCCUCAGGGUUGAGCCAAAAAUUAUUUUAUGAUUGACAUGCGGAUAUUUGCCCUUUAUUGCAUUACCUGUCCAUAUAUAGGCUAGUCCUAAUUCGGUAUAAAACAACAAUCAAUGCAUUGUCCCUGUCAACCGUAACCCUGUAUAAUAGAGUAGUAACACAACAGCCAAUCCCUCGGGUUUAAGUAUUUGGUGAAGCGCACAUUGCACAUUUAAAAAUCUGCACGCAUGCAGCUCUUUACUUAUAGAAGUCAGCAGCUGCUGUUCAUGCGAGUGAAAUUGACGCUAUUCUUAGCACCCGGCUACGUUCUGUGCAGUUGAGUCACUCUUACGCAUCGCCUCCGAUUUAAACGCCGUUUCUCCGCCGUCAGCUCUUUCUCGUAGUUGCUGCCAGCUUUGGGGUGCGGGGUGGCUCGAUGGUACGUAUGGGGAGAAUGAAAGGCGACACCGGCGGCACUGGGGCUCCACAAACGCAUGAACUCACUCCUGUUCAGAGAAAUGUAAAUCUGCAAAUGAGGAUGAGUAAGUCCAUCAUGAGUAAAUGAGCAUGACUCAUUUUGAAGACACAUCUGUUUUUGUGUGUUAGGUGUCCAUUAUUAUUAUUAUUAUUAUUAUUAUUAUUAUUAUUAUUAUUAUUAUUAUUAUUAUUAUUAUUAUUAUUAUUAUAUUAAUGGGGCGGCAUGGUGGUGCAGCGGUUAGCACUGUUGCCUCACACCUCUGGGACCCGGGUUUGAGUCUCCGCCUGGGUCACAUGUGUGUGGAGUUUGCAUGUUCUCCCCAUGUCGUCGUGGGGUUUCCUCCGGGUACUCCGGUUUCCCUCCACAGUCCAAAAACAUGCUGAGGCUAAUUGGAGUUGCUAAAUUGCCCAUAGGUGUGCGUGGAUGGUGUGUGAGUGUGCCCUGCGAUGGGCUGGCCCCCCAUCCUGGGUUGUUCCCUGCAUCGUGCCCAUUGCUUCCGGGAUAGGCUCCGGACCCCCCAACCCAGUAGGAUAAGCGGUUUGGAAAAUGGAUGGAUGGAUGGAUGUUGUUAAUAACAAUAGUAAUAAUAAUAUAGCACUACUUAAAAUGCUGUAAAAUUAGUUUAAAGUGCUUAUUAGAAGUAUAAAGUUCUGCUAUUUGUAAUGAACUGUAAUAGUUUAUAGCCUACUAUUGUACACUGCUGUACCUGGAAAAUAAGUUGCGUCAGGCAAAUGGAAAGAAGUGCAUGAGGUGUUGUAUGUUAUUUUAUCAAACGUCUUCUCCAAUAAACCGGACGGACUUGAUGGUCAACUAAAUAAACUUGGCUUAAUGACACCACUGAA